CCGCUCCCUCAGGAAGCCUGCGCCCCCCAAGAUGGCGGUGCCGCGCGGCGCUCUUGAGCUCCUGAGGUGACUGUGGCUGAGGUGGCGGCGGUGCGGCUGUCCAUGGCGCUGUGCGGUCGCGGCUGCACGCUGCUGGCGGCUGCCCGGCUCCAGCCGCGUGGAGCGGGUUUCCGUUGUGCAUCAACAACUACGGCUGGCCUCAAAUCUGAGAGUGAAAUAGACACGAGUGAGAAUGAGGUUGUGUCCCCAGAGUUCACUAACAGGAACCCUCGGAACCUGGAGCAGUUGGCGCUUGCUAGGAAGGAACGUGGCUGGAAGACAACGUGGCCAAAGCGGGAAUUCUGGCAUAGGUUACGGCUGGAGCGGACACAGCAUUAUGUAGAAGCCUUUGUGGAACGCAGCAAUGGCAACGUUGUGUUAUCUGCUUCUACUCGAGAGUGGGCUAUAAAGAGGCACCUGUACAGCCCUAAGGGUGUCACAGCUUGCAGGAACCUUGGCCGUGUUAUGGCACAGCGCUGUUUGGAAGCGGGGAUCAACUUUGUCAACUUUAAAGCUGUUAUUCCUUGGGAACGUCGGUGUGACUCGAUCCAGGAAUUUGAAAAAGCGAUGACGGAGGGCGGUGUUGUUCUGCGGGAGCCAUCGAGAAUCUACCAAUAACAUGGAGACCAUCGGGACAGCUUCGAAGGAACAGCACACCUUAGGUGUGGGUCCAGGCACAGCGAGGGAUUGGAAAUGGAAGGAGUUGGAACACGGUCCAACGUGGCAUCUAAUAAUAAAAUCUUUGUAAAUAUA